GCCUAUUCUUCACUGGGUCCCUCCCCUUUUCCCUUUUCUCCUCUUCUUUCGCUCUUUCUUUAUUUUUAUUUUUUUUUGUUGUCCCCUCCUUCUUUACCAACCGCCAGUCCCUUCUUUAUAUUCUUAAAAAAAAAGAGCAAACAGAAAGAAUGCGGAUUCCAGGCACACUUUUACUAUUAGCACUGCUCGUAUUAUUGCAGACAACACUCAUUGUCGAGUCCCAGGAGUCCUCUGGAGGAGCACCUGACCCAGAGCCUUCGACUCCUGCCACCACGGGUUCUCCUCCAGCCGCCUCGUCUGACCCUCCAGCUGCUACGAGUGAAGCACCAGCACCAUCGAAUCCACCUGCGUCGAGCGACAACCCACCUGCAUCUUCGGACCCGCCUGCAUCUUCGAAUCCUCCUGCGUCGAGCGACGAUCCUGCACCCACGUCCUCUGCUGCCCAGCCUUCAUCUUCGGACGCUCAACCUACAGACAACGCUUCCUCCAGCGAGUCUUCUUCAGACGCUGAACAAACAGCCUCGAACACUUCUGAUGAUAAUCAAAGCACCACACGCUCGGAAUCGCCUACUUCUAGCAGUGAUUCUUCUGAUGGCGGCGACGACGAUACCAAUGUUGGCGCAAUUGCAGGAGGCGUUGUUGGAGGUGUAGUCGGUCUUGCUUUGAUUGGUGGUUUGUUGGCAUGGUUGAACCGUCGUGGCGGAUGCACCGCCCGCAACAAGCAAAAGCGCACCACGGACUUUGAGGACUUUGGCUUGGCUGAAACGGACUUCCCUCAUCAUCGAUCGCCGCCUAUGGCAAAUGCCAAUAUCGCUGCAGGUGGUGCUGCCGCUGCCGCCGCUGCCAAGAACGCACAGUCGCCUACGUUGCCGCGGUUGAACGAUCAGGGCAAUUUCUACAACGAUUCUGGCCGUCACUAUUACGAGCCUCAAUUGAAUAUGGGCCAUCCUCAAGAAUACGGCGCUGGCGCCAUGUCGCCCCCACAGCAACAUCAGCAACAUCAGCAAGGCUACUACUAUCCAGAUCAGGGUGGAGGUUAUUAUGAUGAUCAGGGCUACUAUUACGAUAGCAGCACUGCAGUGUCGAGUCAGCCCAUGUACGAUCCAAAUGCUGCCGCUGCCGCCGCUGCUGCUGGUGGUGCGCCUAUGCAUGGUGGUGGCAGUGACUACUACAAGCCCGAUACCGCCGAUGGCAAGCCGCAUUUGCGAUCGUAAAAGAAACUAGUAGACCCAUGCUUUCCAAUUAGGUCAGGUCUCUCGUAUAUAUAUAUAUUUUAUAUAUUUUUAUUGUUGUACAUUCGAUUCUCGUCACAGGAUCUUUAUCUCCCUCUUCUUUCCUCCACCACCCCCUCUUCUCUAUCUACCCCGUACAAAACACUUAUAUUUCUCUUCCUCUUCGCUUGCAUCUGGAUUCUGCACACCCUCUCUCUCUCUCUCUCUAUUCUCCCUGUAUUCGUCAUAAUAGCUAACACCCACAGAAAUUGGUUACUAUUCUGAGUUUCU